AUGGUCAAUUUCGAAUUUGGAACGGUGCAGUCGGGGGCCGCUGCACUAUUCGGGUGCUCGGGUCAGAACGGCUGCGCGCGCGCGGAGGCAGGCGGGGAGGCGACAGCGCAAGCGUCGUGCGUUUGCCGCUCUCUCGUGCAAGCGACUGGCGCGGUGCCUUCACCUUCGCGGCGCGGCCUGCCCGUUUCGCAACGCAACCUCAGCGGUCUCCUUGCAGAAUGUCUAGUUGCAUGGCAACUGACGGAGAAAAAACGUUUACCGCAAUCUUUAAAAAUCUACUUAGGCGAUGCGAACAAAAAUCCCUCAAUAAUACUCUCGUUC